AUGGCCGCCGACAACGUUAACCCGCCGGCAUUGACAUUGCCGUCAUUGCCCCCCCUAUCGGCCCCAUCAUCCCGUUUUGACCGUGACUCCCUGGCCGUCCCCGCACCCCCAAGCUUGCCUGCGCCGUCGCUUGGCUCCGGUCUGGCCGCCGACCAGACACUCAAUCGACCCCCGGCGCCGGCUGGUCAACCUCUUCCUCCUCCUCCUCCUCCUCCUCCUCCUCCUCAUGAUGCAUCUUUGGACCCGGCCAUCAAGUAUCUGCUGGACCAGCAGGCAGAGAUCCAGGCAAAGCUGGCCGUCUUGCUGCCUCAGAAAUAUGGGCCCAACGUCAAAGUGGAGUUACAGAUGCUUCGCCACAAGUACCGUGUUUUGCGCGCAUACGCCGAUGAUCACCGCAUCGACAUCCAGGAUUCCAGAUUCCUUGAUGUCUUGAAGUAUCAGUAUUACAGAGAUCAAGCUCCCGACGGCUAUGCGGCGUGGCUGGACAGAAACAUAGCACAUUACGAUCCCGUGGCCAGGGCCUACCGCUUAAGGGACAGCUUACCCCUGACCCUGCGUGCUAGCCAUUCCUACAAGUGCUGGGACGACCGGUGCAUGCACUACAUCUAUGGCUACCCAAACCGCGAGGACCGCGAUCAACAUUCCAAGGAGCAUGUUAUGCCCCGUAAGAGGGACUCUGGCCUGUCGGUUGGAGGGUCGCCUACUAUGUCGUGUGCUGAGCCCUCAACUCGAGCACACGGGGUCGAUUACGGCAAGCAGUCCGCGGCAUCGCCCAUAUAUCUUCCUCGCCCAGCUCCUAAUUUCCAGCUUGCUCCUUUGUCCACGGGCAGUCAGGGGAAGGAACAACGAGAAUCGCUUAGGAGCUAUUCGUUUAUGUCCGAUUACUCGGGUCCCCGUAGCUCUAUCGACUCCGAGAUCGAUCCAUUACUGCCACCCCUGAAACGAGCCCGAGUCGGCCCAUCUCGUCUGGAGUCGAUCGAGGAGCUUCGGCUUCCGCGAGAGACCGGACCCUGCCUGCGAUGCAGGCUGUAUAAUAAGCCGUGUGAUGGCCGUGACACUUGCGGUUCUUGCACCGAGCCCGUAACGUCUGCAGACGGCGAGUCAUGGAAGGCUCUGGGCUGCCAUCGAGGGCCGCUUGAAAACCUCGCCGAGGUCAUGCUUCCGGCAGCUGUCAUGACUCCUAGGCCUGCGCGGACCCCCCUGACGUCUCCCCUUGCCGCUCGCCGGAACAUGAACGAGUUUCUUGAACGAUCAUUCGCUGUACCGCAGGACCUUGCCAGGAUGGUCAAGACGUGCCUGGAUUUCGACGACGGUUUCUGGUGGACAGAGGACCUGUCCAGCUUGCCACCAACCAACCCAGCCCUGUCUUCGUUCUCAAAGGAGCCCAUCGACAGACCUCCACCUGUUCUGAGCGUUUUGGCCGCAAGCUGGAACAUGGCCGGUACCGCCUACAACCUUUGGCACCUCCUCAGACUCAGCAGCCUGUUGUCGGCAGCGCGCGAGCAUGAGUUGACCGGAUACCCCAUCCUAUACCGUGCCAAGCUCUUGCUCAGAGAGACCCUCUUCCACGACCUCCAGUGUCCCGAUCCGAUCAUAACAACGGAGCCCGCCAGUUCGACGACUGCCCAUCCGGGCCUCGAUGACAACGAGGCAUAUGGGCGGUUCCGGCUUCUCUACAACUGCAUGUCCCAGUUCCUGCAGUCGUUCGAUACAUUGCUCUCCAGACCCGGUCCUCUCGACCCGAAGAGCUGGUUCGCAGCUUUCUUCGCGCUCUGCAUCUUCAGCAUCGUUCGGACGAUCCUGGUCGAUCGAGCCUUCCAGCGCCGGGUCGCGCUGUCCAUCCCACAGUCUGGCAUCAUGGCAAUGCACGCCGUCUACAAGGCGCUUGUCCAUGUCUUCGCCUGGUCAGCACCUAUGCUUCUCGACGAUCACGUUUCUGACAUGAUGGACCACAGUGACCGUGAGCUCUUUGCAUCUGUUGCUGCCUUGGUUGGCAGGAAUUCAUGGUACGACCGCGGCAUCCACUCAACCAGAGAUUUCCUCAUGUCACUUGGCAGCGGUGAGGUCGGAGACAACUCUUAUCAUGGCUUCAUCAAGCCACGGUCGCCGGUUCGGUCAGCAUCCGUUGUCCUUCCUCCCAUCACGAAGCCGGCCGAAGAAGGAAGAAGGGCCCUGCCGGAAGUGCGCCCCAUCACUACGACAUGGGGACCCCCUGGCCAAGGACACUCGGAUGGUCAGAUGUACGUCUUCAAAGGCGAGCCCGACCGCAUGCUGACCUCGCCACAAUCCAUCGAACCGAGCCGGCGGCAUACCAUCUCGGAGAGCCCUACGUUCACGAGGCAGUCUGGCAGAGUCCCGACAUCUCCUAUACCGGCAGCUAGGUUUCGGGCAUCGUACCAGCGUCCUCCUAUUCGGAGGGUGUUUUGCAACAAGUGCAACGAGUAUCCGGAAGGUUUUCGGGGCGAACAUGAGCUGAGACGACACACGGACGCAAAGCAUGCCCCGAUGGUCAAAAGAUGGAUCUGCGCCGAGCCUCUGAUUCCUACUAACUCGCCUCAGCCGGUUAUUCCCCUUGACAAAUGUAAAGCUUGUGUCAAUAAGAAGCGAUACGGUGCCUAUUACAACGCAGCCGCCCAUCUAAGAAGGGCACACUUCAAUCCCAAUCGUGGGGGCAAGGCCAGCGGGGACUGGCCGCCCAUGUCGAUUCUCAAAGACUGGAUGCGCGAGGUGCGGCAGUCGAUCGACGCCCAAGACCAGGAUGACGCAUCCAGCGGUGAUGAAGAUGCCCAGGACUACAAGCCGGCACCAUCCGACUUCGUCUCGCCCCCUCCUCGCCGCUCUUCCCCCAUCCUGGAGGCGCCACGUCUAGCACCUGCUCCCAUGCCGACUACUCAGCCGCAUGACCCUCCUUUACUCGGCGCACCCCUCGAGCGGCUGGAGCCCGUUAACCCUCCUCCUCCUCCUCCUCCUCCUGGCGUGUACCAGACAACCAAAAGCGCAUUCUUGCCCCCACUUACUGCUCCUAUGAAGCCCAACGAACCGUCACAUACCCCGGUGCCGUCAUCAACAUCGGCAUCAACAGCUGUUCGUAACCGCUGCCCCCAUCCGGACUGCGGUCGUGUCUUCAAAGACCUGGCCGCCCACAUGUUAACACACCAAGAAGAACGCCCCGAAAAGUGUCCAAUCGAAACAUGCGAGUACCAUAUCAAAGGCUUCGCCCGCAAGUACGACAAGAAUCGCCACGCCUUGACUCACUACAAGGGCACCAUGGUGUGCCCCUUUUGCCCUGGCGCCGGCACCCCUCAUGCCAAGGCCUUCAACCGCGCUGAUGUGUUUAAGCGCCAUCUAACCUCCCAACACCACGUCGAGCAGACCCCGCCAAAUAGCAGGAAGAUGAUUCUAACAAGCGUGGGCCGGACGGGCGGGCUGGGAGCUAAGUGUAAUAUCUGCCAGAGCCAGUUUGCUACGGCGCAGGAGUUUUACGAGCAUCUGGAUGACUGUGUGCUGAAUACGAUUGUCCCGUCGGGACCCAAGUCAGGAAUGAGUGCGAGGAAGGACUCGUCUUCACGGGCUUCGACGACUACCACUGCGGGCACAGAAAAGGGGAAGGAGCCUGAUGUUGGCGGGGCCAGCAGUCAUGAGGGGUCGAAGGUGCAGCAGGCGCAGCAGCAACAAAGUGAUGCUUGCUCAUCUGCACAGGCCGAACGCUGGCAGGAGGGGUCUUCAUCCGAUGCUGCUGCCCGGCGGUCAGGCUAUGAACCUGCGGCAUCGUAUUCUGCUUUUAGGGUUUACACACAUGAAGGACACCAGCAGCAGCAUAGAGUGCGCCUUCUUCGGUCGCCCGACGUGCCGGAACAACGCGAGCCAGAUAGCAUCGCCGACGCCCGUGCCCUCGCUCGCGCGUCGCUCUCGCUUACCCGACCCGAUCCCCACGACGAUGAUACUGAUCGUAAGGAGCAAGAUGCAGGCAGCGGCAGCAGGGGAGACGAUUUCAGGGGACACAGGCCGCAGAAUAGUCUUGGUGGGGCCAGUGUCGACAGUGCCGGCUCGUUCCCCGAGACCGAAAGCAAAGGCUCACUGCCACCUAAUCAUCACCACCAGCGGCAGCAAAGUCAGGGCCAGGGUGCGAACCAGAGCUUUGGGUCAUCUACCCCGGCACAGAGGGAUGCAUCGUCAGGUGAUGAUGCUAUGGAUAUGGAUUGA